ACUUUAAGGCAACCUCACAGAGCUGGGCUACUCUGUUAUCUGGACCACAGGGACCCUGAAACUGAUACUGCUGGAGCCAGACAGACAAACAGGGACAUCUGCAGACAGAUAAUGGCAUUCAGGAAGGAAGGAGUUCAUCUUUCACACUCAUCAUGGCCUCUAUCUCGGAGUUUUAUGCGGGGAAGAACGUUCUGAUCACGGGUGCGACGGGCUUCAUGGGGAAGGUGCUGGUGGAGAAACUUAUGCGCUCCUGCCCGGACAUCAACACCAUUUACAUUCUUGUGCGGCCGAAGGCGGGCCAAUCCAUGCAAGAGCGCGUUCAAGACAUGAUGAAGUAUAAGUUGUUUGAUCGUGUGCGUGAAGAUCAUCCAGACUUUCACGAGAAGAUCAUUCCCAUCAGCAGUGAGCUCACGCAGCCGGCGUUGGCCAUCAGUCCAGAGGACAUACAGAAACUCACUUCCUGUAUCAACAUCAUCUUCCACUGUGCCGCCACCAUCCGCUUCGACGAACCGCUCAAGCAUGCAUUGCAGCUGAACGUCAUCGCUACGCAGCAGCUCCUCUCUCUGGCGAAGCAGAUGCAGCACCUGCAGGCGUUCAUCCACAUCUCCACCGCAUAUGCCAACUGCAACCGCAGACAUAUCGAUGAGGUCGUCUACCCGCCGCCCGUUGAGCCCAAGAAACUUAUUGACUCGCUAGAAUGGAUGGAUGAUAGCAUCGUCAAUGACAUCACACCACGACUAAUUGGCGACCGACCCAACACGUACACGUACACCAAGGCGCUGGCGGAGUGUGUGGUGCAGCAGGAGAGUGGCAAACUCAACAUCGGCAUCAUCAGACCGUCCAUCGUAGGUGCCAGCUGGCAGGAGCCCUUCCCAGGCUGGAUAGACAACUUCAAUGGACCAAGUGGCAUCUUCAUUGCUGCAGGAAAGGGAAUUCUGCGCACCAUGAGAGCUAGUAAUGACGCUGUGGCGGAUCUAAUUCCUGUCGACAUGGUUAUAAACCUGACGCUGGCUGCUGGGUGGUAUACCGCAGUACACAGACCAAAAACUGUACUAGUGUACAACUGCACAACAGGCGGCAUUAACCCCUUCCACUGGGGCGAAAUUGAGCAUCACGUGAUGUCCACAUUCAAAAGGAAUCCUCUGGAACAGGCCUUCCGUAGACCCAACGCCAACAUCACCUCCAAUUACCUGAUCAACCAGUACUGGAUCCUCGUUAGUCACAAGUUUCCUGCCCUCGUCUAUGACUUCUUACUGCGACUGUCUGGACAGAAACCACAAAUGAUGCGUAUUUUCAACCGGCUGCACAAAGCGAUCAGUUUGCUGGAAUACUUCAGCAGUCAGGAUUGGGAGUGGAACUCCGACAACAUGACGAUGCUGAUGAGUCAAAUGAGUCCAGAAGACAGGAAGACCUUCAACUUUGACGUACGUUAUCUGAACUGGCCGGAGUACAUCGAAAAUUACUGUAUCGGCACCAAGAAGUACGUUCUGAAUGAAGACAUGUCCGACAUUCCUGCCGCCAGACAACACUUGAGAAAGCUGAGAAAUAUCCGAUACACGUUUAACACAGUGUUGCUGGUGUUUAUCUGGCGAGUCUUCAUCGCACGCUCGCAGAUGGCACGGAACAUCUGGUACUUCGUUGUGAGUUUGUGCUUCAAGUUCCUGUCAUACUUCAGAGCGUCUAGCACGCUGACACAAUGACCCCAGACCACAGGAAGUGUGUACCAUGCUCUGGGUACAAGAGAGGUGUCUUCAGCCAAUGACACACACUCGAUCCACACUGGUGUUUUUUUAGCUUUCCUCCCCGGUUGCUUGUCCAACCCAACUCCUUAACGCCCUCUUGAUGACACGUCCACUAUUUUUAAAGUUGUCUUCUUUUAUAAUGACUGUUCUUAAUACCAAUUAUAAAUGCAACUACGAUUUACAGUGUUUCUUCACGUUUGAUCGCCAUCCAAAGUCUGGAGACGUUGCCUUUUGAGUCUUCUGAUGAUUUUAGCCUUCUUGUAUACAGACAGUGUUUCAUCAUUGGAUGUUUUUUUACCUGGAGCUUAAACGAGUGAACUUUGAGGUUAUCCAUGAUUUACCACUAAAAAGCUUUGGUGAUUUGGCGUGUGUCUGUCUUUUGUCUGUUUGUUUGUCUGUUGUGUGUCCUUUCUGUUCUAAUACCAUUUAAUCAAGCCACAAAACUCUUUUACUAUGGUGCCAUGUGGCACAGCAGCCUACAGCAAGGACAGUCAACAGUUCGACAUUUUGGUUUUGUUUUUGUUUUGCUUUUUACAUUUAGAGGGAAGGGCGAAGUAUCUGAUGCAUAUAUAACAUGCCACUUUUUUUCUGUCAUCGCUAUGAGUUACUACAACUAUAUGUCCUUCAACCUGAAGUAAAAAAAAGGAAUUACUGCAUAAAGAAAAUAAAACCUUUUUUAUGACCAUUACAAUUUUUUCUUAAUCAUAAAAAUAAAAUUUUUUUACGCAUAAAGUUUUACGCAUUUAAAUUUCAUAACAAAAUUCCAUCAAAUUGAAUUGAGUAAACUUUAACAAAUAACUAAAAAAAUAAAAGCUCUAAAUAUUUAGUUUUAUUAAUAAAAUUUGGUUAAAAAUUUCAGAAUGGAAUUUUGAAUUUUGAUGGAAUUUCUUUUAUGAAAUUGAAACGUGUAAAUCGUAAAAAUAAACCAAAAUAUUUUUUUUAGUGUUUACUAUAAAACAUAAUUUUAAGAUGUAAAUUUCAUAAAAUUCCAUCAAAUUGAACAGAGUAAUCUUUAAUAAAAUAAAAUACAAAUUAAAUAAAUAUUUUAAGAUUUACUAAUUUAAUUAUGUUAAGCAUUACACAAUUCAGGUUCAUGUAAUUUGUUAUUAAAUUGAAAUGCAUAAAUCUUAGAAAAUAGGCUAAAGAUUUAGACAAAGAAGAGUGUUGGUCCAAACAAAAGGUUUCAUUUUCUUUAUAAUCAAUUGAAUUUCUUAUUUCUUUCUUUUGAUUUUGGGAUGUAAUAUGACCUGAAUGUGUUCCUAACAGGUUUCGUGAGAUUCACCUAUUUAUGUUUGUCAGUUUGUCUGUAUAACAGAACACCGAGCAUGCGACAUAUGCAUCUUUUUUUUUUAGUUAAUUUUGUGAGAAGAAUAUUCGAAUAGUCUUCAGAUGGGCAUACGGAUGUUUCCUUGAUGUGUAUAUAUUUAAAAGUAUAUAAAUAUAUUUCUUUUCAGAUAAUAUACAUGAAUGUACAAAUGUAUACUUGCGAGGGUGAAUCAAAUGGCUGGUUAGACAGUCUAUUUCCAGAAAUGACUGAGAGCUUCCCAUAUUUUUUAAAGAAAAGGGAAAAAUGAAGAAAAAAUACUGUGAGGUACACGGAGGUACUGUGUAUCUUGAAGCGUUGAGUCUUGAUUUCAAUGUCUUUUUACUAACUACAAUUUAAAGUGCCCUAUUUUGAAUUAAAAGGGACCGUUUUUGAAAUCGGUCACAUGACACUGGCCAACCAUCAGACUUAUUUUUGUUUAAAGUCAACCUGAAAUCAGAAUUGACCUUGUUUACUGUCUUAACGCACAUUCCUGAUUCUAUCUGUGCAUGUUGUUCCACAGAAAAUAAUGUUUGUCUCCGUAAUCUUUUAUCAAAAUAUAUUAACUUGCUUCACCUCUGAAACAACCUUCCUUUUCGAAUGACACUGUCAAACCCUCUUUAUUUUUCAGUGGUGCCACUCUACAUUUUUCCUCAUUGAAUUUUCUUUUUCCUCCGAAAUGCAUCACAUUAAUAAAGUAAAAUGUGUUGUGAACAUACUUUCAUGUUGACUUUAACAUCAACCCUUAAAAUAAGAGGAAGUUUUGCUUCCUCAAAACUAACACAAAGAUAUUUAAUAAGGGAACGUCCCUAAAAAAAACUAUUUAAAAAGUUCUCGUAGUGUAGAACGACUCUAUGCAGCAUGGCCUGAGGUUCUUCCUUUCUAGAUACACUUUUGCUAAUUCUGUUAUUGGUAAUUUAACUAAAUUUCUGAAGCACGUUUAUUUACAUUUGCUAUUUAACGCUUGUGAGAUAAACCAAAAUAUGUGUAUUUAUAAAGUUUUCUGAAUCAACUGCUCUGCCAGUGGUAAAAUAUAAAAUCGACACCCAAUAUUCCAACUUUAAUACAAUUUUACAGCAUCCAAAUGGCACGAUUGACACUAUUUGGACAGUCUUACAAGUCUUGCUCUAGUGGAGUUAUUAACUAUAAAAACAACAGGCAGGGUUUUCAUUUUUGUACACUGUCCUCUUGUGGUCUAUUGCCAAAUUGCAUUUUUAGAUUGCAGUUUUUAAGAAGUGUCUGCCUACCUUUUGUCUGGUCUUUUGUAUGUUUUGCACACAGUAUUUAUCAACAACAACAAUAGCGCGUCUUCCUCAGCUUAGUUGUGAGUCUUUUGAACAAUAGGCGAAAGGUCAUUUUACAUGCAAUAAGGGAAGCUUGUUUGGUUUUCUGCACAUUCUGCAUCAGUCGAGAAAACACACACACUAAAAUAUCCUCUUAGGACUAACAGAGCAUUCCAGAACAUGAAAUACACAGCCAUGUUUUCUACUAGAAUCAAACACCUUGAUGUCUUAAUAAUGAACACCCCUUGAUUUUAGCCAAGCUGAGCUCUACUGCCAAUGUGAUAUCUACAAUCUUAAAUGUUUAUGCUCUGCCACAGAGACAUAUGAAACAUGUUUUUACAACAUAAUUAGUGUUGUACAUGAGGUAUUAUCUAGACCAGUGGUUCUCAAUUGGUUUUACUUCAGGACCCAGGUUUUACAUUAGACCUCAUUGGACCAAUGGACCUCAAGUGGGGACAAAAAGCAAAACCAUAAGACCCUAUCAGGACAGACCUGUGAGCCAUUAUAGGGUCAUAACCCACCAGUUGAGAUCCACUAAUCUAGACUUCAGCUCUUUGGA